GAAACCCUGAGUCAGAAUCUGGAGUACCUUGGGCUCUGUGGAGAUGACACAGAAGCUGAAGAUCAGAUCCUUGAAAGUCUGAAUGGGAUUCUCCUGGCUCUUAAUGAAGACAAGCAGAGAUCCUUCAGCCUACUCAGAGAGAGUGGGAUCUUCCUAACUUUAGCAAAAAUCCUGAAGGGCAAUCUACGAUGUGCAGUGAAAGCAGCCCAGGUGCUUUCAGAGAUAGCCAAGAAUGAGGAAAUGAAGAAACCAUGCAUUGAAGCAGAUUUGGUUCUAACUUUGAUACCUUUUCUGGAGAGCACAGAUGAAGAAAUGUUGCUUCAUGCCGGGAGAGCUAUUGGCCGCAUCUGCUACGAUAAUCGGGAUCUUCAGGAAGAGCUGGUGAAGGUAGGAGUAAUCACAUCACUCGUCAGAAUAUUAACUGAUUAUGCAGAGAGUGAACCACUUGUCCAUGUUGAUCUACUGGCCCUAUACAAUCUUGCAGACCUUGAUACUGCCAAGGAAGCUCUAAGCAAGACGAAGGUUGCUGAACAGCUGGUGAAACAACUGAGACGAGCAGAAAGCCAUGAGAAGUUAGAAAUUGUCUUUGAGAUCCUGCAGGCACUUGCAGAAAAUGAUGCUCUGAAAGUGCAGUUGGUGGAGGCAGGCGUGCAAGAGGCGCUGUCUGAGAUCCUGCUGAGGCUCAAGGGCAGUUCACGAGCUGAAGACACAUGCAUUCUGAAGGCUGCAUCAGAUCUUAUUGUCUCUCUGCUGCUUGGAGAUGGCAACUGUGUACGAAUGGUACAGCUGGGAGUCAUAGACCAGCUUCUGGACCUACUGGAGAAACAUGUGGAGAGUGGGGACAUCUCUGUUCAACAUGCUGCACUCAGUGCACUUCGCAACCUUGCUAUACCAGUCAUUAACAAGGUACAGAUGCUGGAAGAAGGUGUGACAGAACGGAUCCAGGCGCUUCUAAGGUCAGAGAUUCCUCCUGUGCAGUUUAAGCUUCUUGGAACACUACGGAUGUUAGCAGAUGGUCAAGCUGAUGCGGCUGAAAUUUUGGGCCAAGACCCCAUGCUGCUCAACAGACUUGUGCAGUGGUGCACUGCUAAGGACCACAGUAGCGUCCAUGGAGAAGCAAAUCGGCUGCUAGCAUCGAUCUUGCGUCACAACAGAUCCCAAGAAGUAGUCAAAGCCGUCCAGGAGGCACAAGGAGUGAGGCAUCUGGUUUCUAUGGCAACAAGUGAGCACACUGCCAUGCAGAAUGAGGCUCUGAAUGCCUUGGCAAUAGCAUCUGCAAUUGAUUUAGAAGCCCUGGAAGAAACUUUCAAGGAAUCACAGCUAGUUCAAAGCUUACACAAGCUUCUAAGAGAUGAUAAUACAAGUCCUGAGGUGAAAUGUAACUCAAUGAGUCUUUUGUGCUGUCUUCUUAAUUCAGGUCAUCUGAGACAUGAAAUAGAAGAGGACAAGGUUGAAGAAACCCUUGAAGAACUCUCUGGUCACAGCAAUGCAAAUGUGGCCAAGGAAGCUGUCAUGACCUUACAGAUUCUUAGAGGAGAGACACCCCAUUAA